AUGGCUUCAUCUAUGACUGCUGCAGUUUCACUGAAAACCUUGAAUCUGGCAAGUGUUCCAAUUCUCACUGGUGGAAGUAAUUUCAGGAAGUGGAGACGCGAGAUCAAGUUGCUACUGACACUCAAUGAAUUUGACAUUGCAAUUGACAAUCCACAACCCCCAUUAUUGACUGACAAAAGUUCCAAGGCUGAGAAAGCAGAGCACGAAAGGUGGUGGAGAUCAAAUAAAUUGACACUAUCCAUUUUGGAGGCUAGCAUGACUAAUCAUGUUAAAGGAGGUAUCAAACAACAUGAUCUUGCUGUUGAUUACUUCAAGGCUAUUGAAGAGAAGUUCCAGGAACCUCAGAAGGCUGAAAUUAGACACUACAUGGCACUCUUGACAACUUACAAGUGUGAGGGCAAUGGCUCAAUUAGGGAUCAUAUUCUGCAACUCUUAGAUGCUGCCGAGAAACUCAACUCAAUGGAUGUACAUAUUUCAGAGACUCAACUGGUUUUUAUGGUGCUUCAAGCACUCCCUGCUAAAUAUUGUCAACUGAAAGUUGAUGUGUAA